ACAGCAGUUCUGGACCGUUUCAGACCAGUUCCCAAGAAAUACAAGACUCCUGGAUGUUGCAUCCUCAUUACGGAAGCUCACACGAUCAUUUUUCAACUGACUCGCAAUGUCCGAGAUCGUGCUACGCGAUGCGUAUUACUCGGAACUUCCGGAGAUCGCAAAUGUCAUGUCAAAGGCUUUUUGGGGGGAUAACCUUUUUGGCGAUCUGAUCCACCCGAAUCGGAACGAGUACCCUGACGAUGUAGAUCUGUACUGGCUGCGACGCGCACGGGUCAAUUUCUGGGAUUAUCGUUGGAGAUGGCUCGUUGCGGUGGCUAAGGAUGAGAAUGGUAAAGAGGUCGUUGCUGGAAUUGCGCAGUGGGCAAGACUUGGUGAAGGGGGUAAAAGGUUUGAUCUAUGGUUCUUCGACCCUCGCAACUUGCUGAAACCUCUGUCUUCUGUCGCCAUGAAGAUUCACGCCUGGGCCCAACCAAGUCGAGCCGUGGACCCCAAAGAAGAAGACAUCAUUGAGCGAGCAUAUCCCCACUUUGACUCAAUAUGGAGCGGCAAGCGUGCUGAAUCGUGGUAUCUCGAAGCUUUAGCAGUACAUCCAGAUUUUCAAGGGAAGAGCAUCGGUCGAAGGCUUGUGCAAUGGGGUCUUGACCAGGCGGAGAAUGAAGGAGUUUGCGCUUCAGUAGUGAGCGCCUUGGGCAAAGACGAUUUCUACAGAAAAUGCGGGUUUGAUGAACAAUUUGGGACUGCGAAGGAUGGCGAAGGGAAUCCGUUGGCGGAUGUUGAGGGAUCUAAUAUCUUUUGGAAGUGGCCUGAAAGUAAGAAGUGACACUUCCAGUGGGCUCCUAUAGGGAUGGGAAUUGUGAGAAGAACAGGAGUGACAGAAUUGAUAACUCAGCAGCAUAUCCGGGAAUUAAUCGGUGCG